AUCAACGAAGAAAAUGAGGUCUCAAAGAACCAAAUUACAGAUCACACAUUCGGCUUGUAUCACUGAUCAUAUUAUCCGUUUACCUUAAUUUGAUUGCUUCCAACUUUAAACAGCAAUUCCAAAUUAUUCGAAACAAAGUUAACAUGGAAACAAACCAGGACGGGUUUAAUUCUCCCCCAAAUCCAGAUUUUGCUAAUGCUGAUCAGCCCUCCGUUUCCUGUUGCAACUUCUUACUCGAUCGCACUGGUGAAGUCGUUAUUACUCAUACUUCAGAUGGAUUGUCAUGGCGACUGGUUGAUUCAUUGAAUGAUGAAGGGGAUAAUUUUUCUUGUCUGGGAUUCAAACUUGUUUCGAAUACAGAAAUGGAGGUUAAUAUCGCCGAUGUUUUUGCUGUUAACUUCAUUGGUUGGGGUCUGGUCCAUGAAUCUGCUCUUGCCAGCUUGGAAGUAUCCCUUUCAGAUCAUUCUUCUGAGAUGUACAGGUUUACUAUCUAUGUUGUUCACAAAUCAAAGACCCAAUCAUCUGUUUGGACGCCAUUAGUGUACACUUUUGGUCAUAAAGAUUUGGAGAUUUGUAUGUCUUGGGUAAACCAGAUUAAUUCUCAUCUGAACAUGGAAGUUAAGCGACCUAAGAAUCUUCUGGUUUUGGUUCAUCCGAGGAGUGGGAAAGGACAUGGAUGCAAAAUAUGGGAAACAGUGGCUCCCUUAUUUUCUCAGGCCAAAGUUAAAACUAAGGUAAUAGUGACAGAGAGGGCCGGACAUGCAAGAGAUAUGCUAUCCUCAAUUACGAAUAGGGAGCUGAAUUUGUACGAUGGUGUUGUAGCUGUUGGUGGUGAUGGGUUUUUCAACGAGAUCCUUAAUGGCGUUCUCUUGUCAAGGCAUAAAGCUCCAUAUCCACCAACUCCUUCAGAUAUAACGCCCCCGGCUGCGAGUGAAUGCAAUGUUUCAAAUCAUAAUGUUAACAGAACACUCUCAGAGCACUGUGAUCAUAAUGAAGAUGGAUCUCCCCUUCUGAGGGGCUCUGAGAACAUUGGGCUUGAAUCCUCUAAUUUUGGAAAAGAUUCAGAGUCACCGUUUCCAAAUGAAAUGUUCAGAUUUGGGCUUAUCCCUGCUGGAUCUACUGAUGCCAUUGUUAUUUGUACCACUGGGGCUCGAGAUGCUGUAACAUCAGCAUUGCACAUCAUCCUCGGGAAAAAGGUGCACCUUGAUAUAGCUCAAGUUGUAAGAUGGAAGGAAACAAAUUCAGCAAAUGAAGAACCAUGUGUACGCUAUGCUGCUUCUUUUGCUGGGUAUGGCUUUUAUGGAGAUGUCAUUACUGAGAGCGAGAAGUAUCGCUGGAUGGGACCUAAGCGAUAUGACUAUGCUGGGACAAAGGUUUUCCUUCAACACAAGUCAUAUGAGGCAGAAGUUAGUUAUCUUGAAGUCGAAGCGGAAGAAACUAGCUCGAGUCCUGAAGCAGAUCCUGAAGUCCAUAGCAGAAGGUUUUGGUGUCUUCCCAAAAAGCCUGAUCGAAUGACUUGUCAUGUUAACUGUGCCAUAUGCAAUUCAAAAUCCAAUCACACAAAUACUGGUUCCCUCAGCCUAGCCCAGGACUUUAAAGGAAUGAAAUGGUCAAGUUCCAAAGGACGUUAUCUGAGUGUUGGUGCUGCUGUGAUAUCUUGCCGGAAUGAAAAGGCUCCUGAUGGCCUAGUAGCUGAUGCUCAUCUUUCUGAUGGAUUCCUGCAUCUGAUAUUGAUAAAAGAAUGCCCUCACCCUUAUUAUUUGUGGCAUCUUAUUCAGCUUGCUAGGAAAGGCGGGGAACCCCUGGGCUAUAAAUUUGUCGAACACCAUAAAACUCCAGCUUUCACAUUCAAAUCUUUGGGGAAGGAGGGAGUUUGGAAUGUGGAUGGAGAGCCUUUUCUUGCACAACAGCUAUCUGUUCAAGUAUUUCGAGGCCUUGUUAGCUUGUUUGCAACUGGUCCCCAGGAAUAAAAUACCCACAUAUCUGCAGCUUGCGAUAUUUUUCUAACAUUGUAGAACAAUGCAAAACAGUCACAUAUUAUCUCUCAUCUGGAGAUAGUUCCGAGGGACAGAUUCAGCUCAUUCAAGAGGUCGGCGAGCACUCGAUCAGAACUGAAACUUGAUGCAGUGGCUGCCACCGUUCUUCAAGGACACCCUGUAAGUACUCAACAUAUGUAACUUGGGUGAAAAUAUUUAAGAAAUGGAUUCCUGUAAAUGCUACUCCUGUUGAUUUUCUUAUCUCUUUUAGUCGUUCUCGAAAGGAGGUCGAAUUUGUGUGCUGAAUUUAACUUCAUUCCAGAAUAUAUAUUACUUCAUUCUAGUAGGUUUUCA